AUAAAAUUGAGCUGAUAAUUUGUGCAAAAUGCAAAUUUCCAGAGUUACAGAAAUCCUACAAUGCCAUAAUAGAGAAGCGCUUGCAGCAGACAAAUAUUUACAAAAAACUGGUCAAGAGUCUGACGAUCAAUAAUGAAAAAUUACUGGCUAAAAUAAGCCUACAAGGUACACUCAUUAAUAAGCCCAAUCAUCUAGAAAACGUUACCCACGAACUGCGUGGACUGAAGCAAACCAUCAACGAAACAUUUACUAAACUAAACUCAAGUGAAUUAACCAUACACGAACUAAGGGAACAGCUGUUGAAAAAGACUAACGAAUUGAGUAAAGCAAAUAAAAAAAUCAAAGAACAAGGCUCGACAAUAGAUGUCAUGAACGUCACUUUAAGGCAGCAAAACGAUCGCAUUGCGGAAUUCGAAAGCCAAGUCAAGGCCAACAAGCAGCACCUCAGAGAAAAUCAUGAGCUGAUAACAAAAUUGAACAUAAGUGUCACGGCAUCUGGUGAACAUAUGAGCACAAUGAGUAACAAGAUUAUUGAACUGCAAUCGCAGUUGAAUUCUGAUGCUGCGAGUAUCGAGCAAUUGAAUACUGUGAUAGCCGCCUACACGAACUGCUGCCAGGCUUCGAGUUGUGAGCCAUUUGGCAGCUCUUUAAAUGUGCAUGUGAUAAAGGUGCCCGGUGUGGGCGAACCCUUUCGAGUGCUUUGCAAUGGCCAACUAGCUGGUCCCGGCUGGACAGUGAUACAGCGCAGGAUCAACGGGAGCGUCGACUUUUAUCGUAACUGGAGCGACUAUAAAACCGGAUUCGGCGAUUUAGCUGGCGAGUUCUUCAUAGGUCUGGAGAAGCUACAUCACAUGGCCAAAGCCGAACCACAGGUACUCUAUAUACAACUGGAGGACUUUGAUGGCCUGUUACGUUAUGCCACAUAUGAUGACUUCAAGGUGGGCUCUGAACAGGAAUCGUAUGCCCUGCAGUCCCUGGGUAAUUUCGGCGGAGAUAUUGAUGAUGCGUUAAGUCUAAAUGAAGGUCAAAAGUUCAGCACCUACGAUCGCGAUAACGAUAAUGAUGAAGCUCUAAGCUGUGCUGAAAGUUUUCGUGGCGGCUGGUGGUACAACGCUUGCGGUCUUAGUAACUUGAAUGGUCCUUACCAAAACCCAGAUGAUUACACCUCGAAUCAAGGCAUCCUUUGGGUGGAUACAGACUGGCAUGAUAAUGAUUAUUCCUUCAAAUCAGUUCAAAUCAUGAUAAAGGCCAAAAAACUGUAAACUAAACCAAAAAAAGGUUU